UUUCACUUGACGAAAUUAUUCCUUAGAUGUUACUCUGUUUGGAAAGAGCAUCAACUUCCACUAACGAGGGAAUUUAGUUUCAUUAAGCUAGAUUGGACAGGCGUUCUUCGCUUUCGCCUCUUGUGUGGGACACGUUCUUCUAUCUACAGAGAAUCAAUUUUCUUUGGAAUGUCUGGUGAACACAUUUUAGGUAUGUGUUUCGAUCUUACCUAUAAAUAAAAAGCCCUGUACCUUCUGGUCACUUUUUGAAUCGCUAAUUUUAACUUUUGAGGGUCAGCUUGGCUAGAUCUCAAGAUUGAGAGAUCGUUUACGUUAUCAGAUUCUUUUAAGGUGAAUAAUUUGUCAUAGAAAUGGUCGAAUUCGUCAACGCAAUUAUGAAAAAGCAACAAAGCAAAGUAGGUUUAGAUUUGUUCCAUCGUAAAUUAAAAAUUGACAAAAGCGUAAACGCUGAGGUGAAAUAACUCCCUCACUUAACAUUUCUGAGGAGCUCAUGAAAAUAAUUGAUAGGUACUACAGCCUACUGGCCUGGUUUCCGGCUGUAACUACAGGAAGGGUUGAUGCUAUAAUCAGAAGUUUAAAUCUCUUAAAAAGAUCGUAAUAUUUGUUACAAUUUAUGAUUGAUGCUAUGGUUAAUGUAGAAACAGGCUUACGUCUCUUAGAACUUUCAAAAUUCACCCCUAGCUAUCUAUAAUAUACUUCUGCUGAGUGCUCUUGACAAUCGAACUUAUUUCACUGGAUAAGUGUAGCAAAAUCUAUGCGUUCAAGAUAACAACGUUCUCGGCUAUGAAAACCAAGUUGAUCUGAAAGGACACGACCACAAAUUUUCUCUCGAAGAACAAAUUUUUUAUUUCAUUUUUAUGACAGACCCGGCUUUCAUGUAUUAUAGUUAAGUAUUAGAGUCUUUCUUUUUCCGCGUGGUCGACUCAUGACUUUGGAAAUACUCGGUUGGCACAUUUGGUUAUGCGAAAUAUCUUUGCAUAAAGCGCCGGUUGCUGUAAUAAUCAGGCACUAGGCACUACACUUUUUACCUCUGAUGUGCACUAGGAAUAGGAUAACCGAUUGUAAUUUUUGAAAAAGUCUGGGGCAUACCUUUAAUUUGUCUUGGACGUUGAUUUUAUUGAGGAAGUUUCAGUUCAAAAUAAUAAAGCUAUUCUUGCCAAUCAAAUGCGACGUACAAUGUUGUGUCACACUUAAAGAUUAUUAUAGUUAAUGAGAACGAGUAAAUUUUUUAAAGACACAUAAUUGCACGAGCUCGUAGUGCGAUUUCAAUUUUUAGUCGUUGAGGAAUUUACAAGUACCUAGGCUAAGGUCUCAGAGAAUAAAACUCAUCGAUCCUAGCUCAUGCAGAUCGAAUCAGAUUGACAACUGUGCACAAGAUUGGUUCUAAUUGGCUUACACAAGAGGUGUGUUCGCUGGUGGGAGGAUCCUGUUUCAAGAUGUGAAUAAAUUUAAGUGCUGCUUGGCUGAGCCAAAACCUUUGUUGUGCAAUAGAUUAUUGCGAGAACAUGUCCGUAGUUUUCAAAACUUCAGCUAUACCUGAAAUAACGCGAAGUUAAAUUUGUUUAACAAAAGACCAGUUGUCACAAUUAUCAGAGAUAGAAACGGUUGCCUAUCCGUUUUGAAUCUAGGUUCUCCGGUGUUGAGUUUUUCUUCAUUCAUUCUUCACAGCGGUUAGCCUGUGUUCCAUGAUUGGAUAUUGUCGAAUAAGAAACUAAUGGGUAACACAGAGUUUUAAACUCUUUGAUGGCCUAUUCUGGAAAAAUUAUAAAUUACUUUUCUUAAAAAUUUUCGACAAUAGCUCGAUGCUUUAACCGUUUCUGAAUGUACGAUAUCUUCACUUCGCCAAAAUAUGUAAAUGUAGAAUUGAGUUCAAACUAAAAGAGUGACUAAAUUGCUGUCGAGGUUUCCUCGUCAAGAGGACGUAAAUUUGGUGAUUUCAAGUUGUUGUUCUUUAUAAGCCGGCUAGGAAAUGUAGAAAGUUUUAAAACGCACGAUUUCUGCUAUUUUCUUGCUCAUUAAUUGUGCUUUUCUGAAAGUCCCUUGUAUUUUAUGAAAACGCACAUUGCACCAUGACUUCAAUUGUACGAAGUGAGCAUUUCAUGUCAUUUCAUUUCAUAUGUCGGUUUACGUACAUUUAGCCAGGCAACAGGGGCACGACUGAUUUUAAAAAAACUGGGUAAAAUUACCAUCUAAAGAGAAAGUCUCCAGUCUCAACAUUUAUAUCGCCGACGAUAUAGGCUUGUUUGCAGUUUCAAAACUUACGGAAUGCGACAAAUUCAGGUAUCAAAUCGAUCAUAUCAGCAAAACUUACUUCUGUCUGAAAUCAGCAACUACACUGUGAGUAAAACAUGCUCACCUGGUAGCAUUGCAGCUCUCUAACACCGGACUAUCGCGAUCGGUCGAAUUCAUUGCCUCGAGGAAGUUAAUCAAUCAGUCCCCACACUCCCAGUUUCUUGAUCGUGCACUUAAGCCGGAUGCAAAGAAGCUGAACUGGGAUGCUCACAACAAAUGGGUUUGCUCCACUCAUUUGUUUAGAGGAACCUUAGACUUCGACCCAAGUAACCGCCAAUGACAAUGACUGUUGGAAAUAAAUUUCGUUUACGCUCGAGCAGUUGUAGACAUCUUUGUUCCAUCAGUAAUGCAAAAUGAAAGUACUUAAUGUGCCUCAGGAAUAACCCCGGUGACAUAUUUUCUUGAACAUUUCACUUUCACAUUUUAACAUUCAUACUAUUCUCAGACAAAGCAUGACCGUAAAACAGAUGGAUUCGAAUUAUCAAAUGUGCUAUAAGUGACAACUUCAGCUAUGUUUACCCGUAAUGUUGCGUCAGUGAUCAGACAUAAUAUGUUAUGAUUAAAUUAUUGUUUUGUAACGCGUAUUAACCUAACGAGAAUCCUAAGGACGAAUUAUAGAGCGCUUAAUACGUCUUUGCUACCCUUUAGAGAAUCAUUAUUCAUCCUUUCCUUCACAAUUUUUUCGACUAAACAAAACGAUUUACUCUCAGCUGCAAUGAGAUAUCGGCUCGCGUUUAAAUCGUUAUUCAAAAUUACCUUUUGCACUGGCCGACCUUGGCCACUUAAGCGGACCUAUCAAUUUCACGUAAACAGAAUGCAAAUCAGCACCCAUUCCUAUAAAAUGGCCUUUUGUGUGAGCGGAGCUGAGCUGACCAAUCAACUUAAGGGAAAUCGAAAUCGGGGAAAACCCUUCGUAGGUGAAGAAAAGUCUCGCUAAUGCGAGACAGCAAAGGCUAAUCACAAAGGCUGGCGGACUAAGAAUUUUAUUUGCAUUAGCCAUUGUCUCGCGAUGGUGGCGGGCUCUGUUAAAAAACACGCUUUCUUUUCAAAUAAUCCCUGCUACAGAUCGCUAACACCGAAUAUCAAUAAUAAGGAAAAAUUUAAAUUAGCUUGAAAGUGAAACCUUGUCAUACAAUUUAGUUCGUUGUUCAGAAUCUUCAAAUCUCUCUUUGAGAACAUUGAUUUAUUUUUGUGUUUUUAGGCAAUUUGGCACAGGAUUCCCUAGAAUCGGCAGAGAUGAUAACGAAACUAUAGAUAAAACUACAAAUACUUCUCUAUCUGCCUUCUUUCUCACCAAAACGGAGAAUCGACAACGCAACAGAAGCGGUGCACAACACUUUUUACCUGUGCUCUUUGAAUAGUAUAACCAAUUAUAAUUCGCUAAAAAGUUUGGGCAUGCCUUUAGUUUGUCUUUAACGUUGAUUUUAGGCAGAAAAUUUCAGUUAAAAAAUUCACAACUUUUUCGACGAAACAAAACGAUUUACUCUCAGCUGCAAUGAGAUAUCGGCUCGCGUUUAAAUCGUUAUUCAAAAUUACCUUUUGCACUGGCCGACCUUGGCCACUUAAGCGGACCUAUCAAUUUCACGUGAGCAGAAUGCAAAUCAGCACCCAUUCAUAUAAAAUGGCUUUUUGUAUGAGCGGAACUGAGCUGACCAAUCAACUUAAAGGAAAUCGAAAUGGGGGAAAACCCUUUGUAGGUGAAGUAAUGUCUCGCUGUCGCCAUGUCAUGACAAUCACAAAGGCUGGCGGACUAAGAAUUUUAUUUUCACUAGCCAUUGUCUCGCGAUGGUGGUGGGCUCAGUUAAAAAACACGCUUUCUUUUCAAAUAAUCCCUGCUACAGAUCGCUACAGGACGCUAACACCGAAUAUCAAUAAUAAGGAAAAAUUUAAAUCAGCUUGAAAGUGAAACCUUGCCAAACAAUUUAGUUCGUUGUUCAGAAUCUUCAAAUCUCUCUUUGAGAACAUUGAUUGAUUUUGGUGUUUUUAGGCAAUUUGGCACAGGAUUCCCUAGAAUCGGCAGAGAUGAUAACGAAACUAUAGAUAAAACUACAAAUACUUCUCUAUCUGCCUUCUUUCUCACCAAAACGGAGAAUCGACAACGAAACAGAAGCGGUGCACAACACUUUUUACCUGUGCUCUUUGAAUAGUUUAACCAAUUAUAAUUCGCUAAAAAGUUUGGGCAUGCCUUUAGUUUGUCUUUAACUUUGAUUUUAGGAAGAGAAUUUCAGUUAAAAAUAAUAAAGCUAUUCUUUCCAUUCAAAUGUGGCGUACAAUGUCGUGUCACAUUUACAGACUAAUAAAGGUAAUAAUAUGAUUUCGAGUGCAAUUUGUUGUCAAUUAAUAGAAAUCAUGUUAUUAAUUGAUAAUAAUGUAAAUUAAAAAACAUCAUAGAAGUCAAGACAGACGAAAUUUUCAAAGCGUAGUACGCUCGCUAUUUGUAAUUUGCACUCGUGUUACAACUUUGCACUCGUGUUACAUGAGAAUGCACUUGUCUUCUGCCAAUCAGAAGCGCGUAAUUUUUUUUUUUUAUGCACUUCACUUCAGUCGUCUAUACAAUCGUUGUAAUUGCAAAGACCACUGAAAUGAGUAAAAACAUCUCCUUUCAAAACACAGCACGUCCUGUGAAACAAUUCUUAGAGCUGGCUGCGCUGUUUCUUGAACCUCUUCGGAGAUUUCGAUACAAAUUUUCGAAUUCAUGUGUAACGCUUUACUGGAAAAUAUUUCAUAAAUCAUGUUGGACGUUAAGUGAUAUUAAUACAAAUAAACCAAGCAAGGUUAAGGAUGUUUAGUCGUUUCUUUCGACAUUAUAGACCUGCUAAAAUGUAUUCAAUUCCAUUAUAAGUCUAACCACAUCCUAUAUGAACAAAUUGUUUCGAGUAAUAUAGUUCUUAUCAGAGUUGUUUGUGGCGUACGGUCUCAGAGAAUGCAUCUUAGCUCAUGCAGAUCGAAUCAGAUUGACAGCUGUGCACAAGAUCGGGGUUAAUUGGUUUACACAAGAGGUGUGUUCGGAGGUGACCAAGCAAACUUUCUUGUGGAAUGGAUUAUAGCGAGAACAUGUCCGAUGUUUUUGAGACCUCAGCUAUACCUGAAUUAACCCUAAGUUACAUUUUGUCAAUAAAAGACCAGUUGUCACAACUAUCAGUGAUCCAAAAGGUUGCCUAUGCGUUUUGAAUCAAGGUUCACCGGUGUUAAAUUUUUCUUCAUCAAGUUUACAACGUUCAGCCUGUGCUCCAUAAGUGGAUAUUCUCGAAUAACAAAGUAAUAGGUAACACAGGCUUUAAGGCUUGUCGCUUGCUUUACGCUUAAUUCGUAAUCUAAAAUUCCUCUUGUCGACCUAUUCAACUUCGUUUGUAAAUAUUGGAGAUUCACGCCAAUAAUUCUUUACCUAUCAUUUCGCACACAGUCUCUUGUUAAUUAACUCCUUCCUAUCUCUUACGAGACCUCAGUGUGGUAUGGUAAAGUUAAGUUGAUACUAAAACUGAAGCAAGUCGGUAUUUUCAUGAACAUUUGAAGUUUGAUUUAAGACAUUCCAAUAGACAAAGAUUGACUCAUAAACUAUUAGUUUUCACAUGAUCGAGUCAGACUUGAAAUCUUUCAGCGAGGUAUUUUACUUUAGUUCGUUUAAUUUUGACUUUCACCGGAGGAGUGUACGGAAGUAAUGUAAACUGCUAAAUCUGUUUGCAUCAUCCUUUCAACAUAAUUGUGACCACUCGCACGACCUAGCUUUACGAGACUUAACAGUACAUGAUACAAAAUAUGAUCUUUAAUGUAAUUAUUUUAGCUUGAAGAAUCUAAGAAUUAACUCUCAGAAGCUUUCGCUAUUGGAAAAGGUCAGGUUAGGCCAAAGAUAGAUACAGCAUAAAUGUUUCUUUGCUGCCACUUAAAGAUCUUUAAAUUGACAAGUUGCACUAAGUUCUUCGCUUAAAGUAUAAAAGCAAAAUAGAGGUAGGAAAAAUUGAUAUAGAAAUGUUUACACUAUUAAUACCUUGAUCAUUUCCUUUAGACUGAUGCUUUAAAACCGAAACUUCUGGUAUAUUUAGAUUUUCGAAUAUAGGAUUUUCACAGACUUCACCGAUAAUUUAAACUCGUAAACAAAUUACCAUGAACAAGAAAUCAGUUACCGGUAUUAAUUGAUGUUGAUGAUCAUACAGUUUGGAAAAAUAAUAUCAUACUGCACUGACCAAACAACAAUGAAACAAACAGUAGAUAUAAGCUUCUGGAAACCGGAAUAGAGGAAUAAUUCGUAUUUCAAGACCGACGACGAAUUAAACAAUAUCUCUAUCUCUAAGUACCAUACGAAAAGGCACGAGUGAUUUUAAAAAAAAAGGGAGACGUUCAUUAUCAAGAGUACAACACAAAAUUUUUAUCUCCGACUCUAUAGGCUUGAUUACAGUUUCAAAAUUUAUGACAUGCGGCAAAUUCAGGUAUCAAAUCGAUAUUAUCAGCAAAACUGAAAUCAGCAAUUACUCUGUGAGUAAAACGCGCUCAUCUGGCAGCAUUGCAGUUCUCUAACACUGGACUAUUGCUCGAAUUCAUUGCCUCUAACAAGUUAAUUAGUCCUUACAAUUUUAGUGUCUUCAUCGUGCACUUUCGAUUCAGAGAAGCUGAACUGGGAUGUUGGACUCUAUAUUGAGAAGGAACGCUAAUUGUAUAUGUGGGAAAAAAACGAACUUAACGUCAUUUUAGCUGUUGUUGCUAUUGAUUGGUUAGUUGUUUGUUUCCGCCACCGAUGCCAUCCGGGAACUUGCCUUUGGUCGGUUUGGACAUGACGUCACAACCAGAAAAUGCUCGUAACAAAAGAUACUACAUAAGAAGUUGGUGGAAAAAUCACAAGAAAAAAAUUCGCAUAAUUUCCACGACACACGAAAAACAUCUUUUUUAACUUGUGAAACACUGUGAGCUGGUAAAGGUUCAGUUAAGGUCUUUCACAUACAGACUAGAUAACAAAUGCUCAUAACAUGAUUUAUAACACUUUAAAUGCUAUAUAUUCCAAUUUUCAAGUGAAUUUAAUGGAUGAUCACUUGCUCUUCAUAGCAAAUUCAGAGCGGGAGCGAAAGAGUAUUUCUGAUGGCCAGGUUUUGGUCCCCUCAGGCAAAUCGCUGUUUCCCCGAAGACUAGAGGCCAAGGCUAUCAAUGAAGCGCAAAGGUUCUUGACGAAUUUGACCUCCACACGUGAGUAUCUCGAGAAUAAUCCUUUAACCUCACUUAUCAGUUCG